CCAUUUUUCAUGCCGUAACAGUGGCAAAAUCAUGGAUUUGGACAGAAAGCUGACGUUAAGCGAGACAGCCAAUGGUACGGCAGCUUAUUCCGAGGUCUGCUAUACGCUGGAAAUAGAAAGGGUAGUGAGAUAUAUCGUCAAGUAUGAAGAGAAAAGCUAAUCUUUCCAAGCUACUGGGUGGCAGGCAGUGCAAAGAAAGGGCAUCACUAGUGGAAUCUACAGCCCCUUGCAGUGCAAUAAUUCCUUUCGCUCCAUUGGCUGCUAACCUGAAGGAUUCUCAGCAGCCUUCUGUAGGGACUUCACAGCAAAGAAUGCACCUCGUUUCAACUCAGAAUAAUGGUGACUUCCUUCGAUUUCUGAAUGAGGACAGAAAGAAGGCAUCACUGUUUUGCGACUUGGUCGUUAUCGUGAACGGGAAGAGGUAUAGUGCCCACAAAGUGGUGGUGGCCUUUGGGAGCAGCUACUUCCACAGCAGACUGAGCAGAAGCCCUGAUCUGAACGUAGUAACUGUGAACAACAUGGAAGAGUCAGCCUUUUGUCACUUGCUUCAGUUCUUGUACACGUCAGAAUUUGUGAUCUUUGAGAAAGAGAUUCCGAUGUUGGUGGAGGCCGCCAGGUUACUGGACAUGACGGAUGCUGUGAGGCUGCUAACGAGCGAGGAGGUUCCGGAAGCUUCAGCCCAGGUACAGGAAGUGACUACAGACGUACCACAGGAGGAGGCCCAGCCAGAUCCUUCUGAGAGCAGCUCAAAAGUAUUGAGCGGGGGCAAGUGCACCCACUGCAGCCGAAUAUUUUGCUACAGGAAGUCCUUGGAGAACCAUUUGGCCAGGAGUCACAGUAUGGCCGAAGGUUUGGAGGAAAAAGAGUGGAACUCUCACAAAGCUGGCCCACAAGUGACCAGGCGAUCUGCGCGUAGGAGGAAAUGCCCGGCUAAAUUCGAGGAGGGUGAUAAGGACAGUGAGGGUAUGUCUGACAAGGCUAGCCCGAGCAAGUCCAACAGUGAGGAGGUGUCAACCCUGACAGAAGAGGAGAAUGAUGAGCAAAAGGAGGAGGAUGAACAGGAUGAGGAGGAGGGCAGGGAACCUGACGGAAGGAGUGAGUUCACUGGAGAGGACAGACCGUACAAUGAAAACUUGGAUGAACCAGAAAAGAAUCAACAGAAUGAGCGUGAAGGAGAGGAAGAUAGCCUUGGGGCCGACGUCCCGGAGCAGUUGUAUCCAGAUGGACUGAUGCCGCUCAUAAUUACGAGCUCCAACAAGAAAACACUAAAAUGUCCUAAAUGUGAAAAAACUUUUGACCGGGCAGGAAAAUACGAGAGUCACACGCGAGUUCACACGGGGGAGAAACCCUUUCAGUGCGACGUCUGUCACCAGUGUUACUCGACAAAGUCCAACCUCACUGUUCACAAGAAGAAGCACAAUAUCGGAGUGCCGUUUCAGAAGAAGGAGCACCGGUGCCCGUUUUGCAAUAAGUUACACGCCAGCAGGAAGACACUAGCAAAGCAUGUCAGGAGAUUCCACCCUGACCACAUUCAAGAGUUCCUUUCGAUGAAGAAGAGAAAGAGUGAAACUUGGAAAUGUGACAUCUGCCAUAGGUCCUUCACCCGUCGGCCACACCUGGAAGAGCACAUGAUCCUCCACUCGCAGGACAGGCCCUUUAAAUGCGCAUUUUGUGACGACUAUUUCAAGUCGAGGUUCUCGCGACUGAAGCACCAAGAGAAAUACCAUUUAGGACCAUUUCCUUGUGAAAUUUGCGGCAGACAGUUCAAUGACACGGGAAACCGGAAGCGUCACAUCGAAUGCACACAUGGCGGGAAAAGAAAAUGGACCUGCUCCACUUGCGGAAAAUCUGUACGAGAAAGAACUACUUUAAAUGAGCAUAUGAGGAUUCAUAGUGGAGAGAAACCUCAUCUUUGCAGUAUUUGUGGCCAGAGUUUCCGGCAUGGAAGCUCGUACAGGCUACAUCUUAGGGUCCAUCAUGAUGACAAGCGGUACGAGUGUGACGAAUGCGGCAAAACCUUCAUUCGGCAUGAUCACCUAACAAAACACAAAAAAAUACACUCAGGAGAGAAGGCGCAUCAAUGUGAAGAAUGCGGCAAGUGCUUCAGGCGUCACGACCACCUGACAGUGCAUUAUAGGAGCGUUCAUCUAGGGGAGAAGGUGUGGCAGAAGUACAAGGCAGCACUGCAUCAGUGUGAAGUCUGCAAGAAGGAAUUCAAAGGAAAGUCCAGCCUGGAGAUGCAUUUCCGGACCCAUUCAGGGGAGAAGCCGUACAGGUGUCAGAUCUGCAAUCAGACGUUCAGGAUAAAGAAGACAUUAACGAAGCACAUGGUGAUACACUCGGACGCCCGGCCCUUUAACUGUGCGCACUGCAGUGCCACCUUCAAGAGGAAAGACAAGCUGAAGUAUCACACAGACCACGUCCACGGGAGUAAGGCGGCGGAGUCGGCCACGACUGAGCCGGGCGAGGACAAGGCCGGUGCCCUCGCCGCGUCGUACCAGGAUAAGAUGUAUCCGGCCGAACGCGGCAAGGCGUACCCGUCUGAGCGGAAGGCCAUCCUCCAGGGGGCGGGCCCCGACACCUGCGUGCCAGUUACGCUCGUUCCAGUUCCCAUGCCAGAGGUCUCCAGCCAAUCAGGUCUCGGUGGCCACGCCCCCCAUGGUAUCCUCCAGACUCAGUCUGAGGGGCAACCAACAGCUGAAUACCAGCCAGCUGCCGAUCUCGUUUUCUUAGAGAAAUACACUCUCACCCCUCAGCCGGCCACAAUCGUCCACCCGGUGCGAAGCGACCAGAUCCUCGAUCCCAGAGAACCUUCUUAUCUGGGUACUUUACUUGGACUGGAUGCAGCUGCCCAGGUGCAGAACAUCUCAAGUGCAGAUCACGGCCAUUGAAAGCUGUACAGAUGUUUCUUUUUGCUAUGAAAAUGUGCUGACAACUGUACACAGGUUUUUAUGUGUUUUUUUCAGCAUAGUCUUUAUGGAAAGUGAAAGGUUGAUUCUGGUCAUUUUAAUCUGGCCUCAUUCUGUAUCUGUCUCCAACAUUCCUUGAAGAUUCCUGCACAUUCCUGCAGUUUUAUUCUUGAAGGGGAACGAAAUACUUCCAGAAGAAUGGAUUCAUUACCAGUUUUCUGAGUUUAUCGUGCAUCAUUAAUUGUACUUAAAAGUAAAAUGUGGGUUUUUCCAUGACUCAAAAAUAAACAUUGAUUGAAAUGA